AGAUGUAAGUGAGAAGAACUCAGUCAAAGGGUUCAGGAAAUUUAAUAUUUUGGGAACAAACACAAAAGUAAUGAACAUGGAAGAAUCUACUAACGGAAGUCUGGCAGCAGAAUUCAGGCACUUGCAACUGAAAGAACAGAAAAAUGCAGGAAGAACAAAUGAGGGUCCUCUCAUUGUAACAGAAGAACUUCACUCCCUGAGUUUUGAGACACAGCUGUGCCAGCCUGGCUUGGUAAUAGACCUAGAGACCACAUCCCUUCCUAUUGUUGUGAUCUCAAAUGUGAGCCAGCUUCCGAGUGGAUGGGCUUCUAUAUUAUGGUUCAACAUGCUGUCUACUGAUCCCAAGAACUUGUCCUUCUUUCUGAAUCCACCUUAUGCAAAGUGGUCUAAACUUUCUGAAGUUCUGAGUUGGCAGUUUUCUUCUGUAACAAAGAGAGGACUUAAUGCAGAUCAACUGAGCAUGCUGGGAGAAAAGCUACUUGGGCCAACAAGUGGAGGAUCUCUGGAUGGCCUUAUUCCUUGGACAAGAUUCUGCAAGGAAAAUAUAAAUGAUAAAAAUUUCCCCUUUUGGCUGUGGAUUGAGGGAAUCCUGGAGCUUAUUAAGAAACACCUUCUGUGUCUCUGGAAUGAUGGCUGCAUCAUGGGUUUCAUCAGUAAAGAGAAAGAACGUGCUUUAUUGAAGGACCAGAGUCCAGGAACAUUUUUACUAAGAUUCAGUGAAAGCAGCAGAGAGGGAGCAAUCACAUUUACUUGGGUAGAAGGAUCUCAAAAUGAGCCCCAGUUCCAUUCAGUAGAACCAUACACCAAGAAGGAACUCUCUGCUGUCACUUUCCCUGAUAUCAUUCGCAACUAUAAAGUGAUGGCAGCUGAAAACAUUCCUGAAAAUCCACUGAGAUUUCUGUACCCGGAUAUACCCAAAGAUAAUGCCUUUGGCAAAUACUACUCCAGGCCUAAGGAGGCACCAGAGCCUAUGGAUUUGGAUGGUCCCAAGGGAAAUGGCUACAUCAAGACUGAGUUAAUCUCUGUAUCUGAAGUUCAUCCUUCCAGGCUUCAGUCUCCAGAAAAUCUGCUCCCCAUGUCUCCUGAAGAGUUUGAUGAGGUGUCUCGGAUGGUGGGCUCAGCAGAGAUUGAUACUGUGAUGUGUUCAGCGUAUUCAACGUAAAGGCUGAGCUUUUUACUGCGGCAUUAACACAGCUGAGCAGCUUAUGCAUCCGGCUCUGCA